AUGAGCGAACAGGUGGGCACAUCCAAGCCCCCAAAUGGCCAUUUCUAUUUGGCAGGAAGACUAUUUCCCCGGGUGAAAUGGUGGAGAUCCCCAAAGAUGCGCACUCUUUACUUUUACAUCUUAACAUUGAUCUUAACCAACACUGCGAAUGGAUUUGACAAUUCAAUGAUGAACGGCCUUCAAACGUUAUCAUACUGGCAGGAGUAUUUUGAUCAUCCCAGAGGCCCAACCUUAGGUUUGUUCAACUGUGUCAUGAGUGUGGGUGCGUUGGCUGGUCUAUUGAUUCUUUCCUAUAUGCUUGACUAUUGGGGUAGGAGGAUUUGCCUAGUUACAGGCUCUCUCUUCAUGCUGUUGGGCGUUGGUCUGCAGUCUGGCUCAGUCAAUUUCUCCAUGUUUGUUGGUGCUCGAUUCAUAUUGGGAUUUGGGGACAUACUGGUCAUCUGUACAGCACCUCUUUUAAUCACCGAGAUCGCCCCAGCUCAGGACAGAGCAAUCCUGGUCACCAUAGCUGGUGCCACCUAUCAUUCUGGCGCAUUCAUUGCAGCAUGGACAACCUAUGGAACCCUGCGAAUAAAGAAUGACUGGUCAUGGAGAGCGCCGAGUUUGAUUCAAGGUCUGUUUACCCUCAUUAUGCUGGCUGUGGUCUGGUGGAUCCCGGAGAGUCCACGUUAUCAUGUCUCCAAGGGCCAACCACAAAGGGCCCUGAAGACACUCGCAUACUACCAUGCAGAUGGAAACGAGCAUGAUGAAGUGGUCCAACUAGAAUUCACCGAAAUUACCACUGCCAUUGCUAUGGAGAAGGCCUCAGAGCAUUCGGGAUCUUACGUGGACUUUUUGCGGACCCCCGGCAAUCGAAAACGCCUGCUCAUUAUCAUCACAUUCGGCCUCUUUGCUCAAUGGUCAGGUAAUGGCUUAGUGUCCUACUACUUGAACCUCAUCAUGGACAGUAUUGGAAUCAAGGAUGCGAAUCAGCAGCUGUUGAUAAAUGGAGCUUUAACAUCCUUCAAUCUCGCCACCAAUCUAUUCUUCAGCUUUUUUGUCGACAAGUGGGGGCGAAGGCCUAUUAUGCUUGUUAGCUCGGCUGGAAUGAUGGUGGCUUUUGUGGUAUGGACAGCGCUAUCGGCGGAAUAUGAUGCCCAUUCAAGCUCUGCCCUUGGAUCAGGGGUGCUGGGAAUGAUAUUUAUAUACUACCUAUUUUACAACAUGAAGUCUGGGCUAAUCGCAAGCUACACAACGGAGAUCCUCCCUUAUUCGAUGCGCGCCAAAGGGUACACCAUUAUGGAAUUUGCCAUGUACAUUGCACUCUUUUUCAACCAAUAUGUCAACCCAAUCGCACUCGAUAACAUCCAUUGGCGUUAUUACAUCUUUUAUUGCUGCUUUCUAGCCGUGGAACUGAUUGUGAUAUGGUACUUUUACCCGGAGACUCGCUAUUUACCCCUGGAAGAAAUCACAAGGCUGUUCGACGGAGAGGACAUCGUUGAAGCAACUAAUAUUGAAAUUGGGAAGGGCGAUAAUCAAGAAAAAGCAGCAACAACAGCUGUUCAUAUUGAAGAAACGAAAGUGUGA